GCGCGCAGCCAGCGGGCGGAGUCGGAAGCCGGAGCGAGCAUUGGUCCGUCCGGUCUCCUCUUCCGCGGCGUCUUCUCCGCGUCCGUCGUCGGAUCCCCCUGGAGCGACUUGUGGUCCGCGUCGCGGCAGAAGAGCAGCGAGCUUCGGGAAGGAACAACAUUGACGGCGGGAAGGGACUCCGCCGGCCCACUCGUCCGCCCGGCGAGGCUUCGCAAUAACGCACGGAGGCCCCGCAGUGUGUCGCAGCCUCCCGGAGGCCUCCGGCGCCGAGUGGUGGAAAUGGACGCCUUCAGCGGAAGUCUGGAUGACAGCAUGUCAGGUGUGAGCGUGUCGGACGUCAACGAUCGGCUGUGUGCUCUGGAGCUUCGUGUGCAGCAGCAGGAGGACGAGCUGACUGUGAUGAAAGCAGCUCUCGCUGACGUUCUUCGUCGUCUGGCAGCUUCUGAAGACUCUGCUGCCUCCGCCAAGAAGCAGGCGGGAAAAGCCUUCUCCAACUUGUGCAUCACAAACGGAGGAACUUCUGGGCGGAAGAGAGAGUCCACCUCAGUCACCAGGAAGGAAACUUUGUCGUCUGCUGCUAAGAGGGGGCCCAGCGUGAAGCGCUCUUCAGGUAUAGAACGUUCCAUGAGUAACACCUGGGACACGCCCGAUGACAACAGAGUCAAGCUGGUGAAAGCUGCGUCUACCUCCAAACUGCUGACCAAGGUGGUGAAGAAUGCUGACAGGCACAAAGAGCUGGUGGUGAGCCAAGUGAUGAUGUUGUUGUCUCAAACCAGCCAAAAUGUCGACCCGAGAGAAAAACAGCCAAGCUGCUUCUGUCGGCCGCCUGCUCUCUGCGAUGUCACACCUGUUUGUGGCUCCGCCUCCUGCCCCUCAUUUGCCGACAUUUUUGCUCGACCAGAGGGCAACUCCAUCAAGAUGUUCAUGCGCGGGCGUCCCAUCACCAUGUUCCUGCCCUCAAACGUGGAAAACUACGAGGAGGUUCGCACUGAGCUUCCUCCUGAGAAACUCAAGCUGGAGUGGGUGUAUGGCUACCGAGGCAGAGAAUGUCGAGCAAACGUCUACCUGCUGCCCACCGGAGAGAUCGUGUACUUCAUCGCCUCGGUGGUGGUCCUGUUCAACUACGAGGAGCGGACUCAGCGACAUUACAUCGGCCACACAGACUGCGUCAAGUGCCUCGCCAUCCACCCCGACAAGAUCCGCAUCGCCACGGGCCAGAUAGCAGGCGUGGACAAAGAUGGACGGGCCCUGCAGCCGCACGUGCGAGUGUGGGACAGCUUUAGUCUGGCCACCCUGCAGGUCAUCGGCGUGGGAACCUUUGAGCGAGGCGUUGGCUCGCUGGCCUUCUCCAAAGCAGACUCCGGUCAGCACCUGAGCGUGAUCGACGACUGCAACGACCACAUGUUGACUGUUUGGGAUUGGCAGAAGAAGUCCAAGAUUGCUGAGAUAAAGAGCACCACUGAGGUGGUCCUGGUUGUGGAGUUCCACCCCACAGACCCAAACACCAUCGUCACCUGUGGCAAGUCCCACAUCUUCUUCUGGACCUGGUCCGGGACUUCGCUGGCUCGUAAACAGGGCAUCUUUGGGAAAUACGACAAGCCAAAGUUCAUUCAGUGUCUGGCGUUCCUAAGCAACGGAGACAUUUUGACCGGGGAUUCUGGCGGAGUCCUUCUGGUCUGGACCAGGAACUCUGCAGAGACCCCCACGGGGAAAGGACCAAGAGCAUUUCAGAUAAGUCGACAGGUCAAGGGUCACGAGGGCAGUGUGUUCUGCAUAUGUGAAAUGAGGAGUGGCACCCUGCUGACCGGAGGAGGAAAAGACCGAAAGAUUAUUCUGUGGGACCACGAAAUCCGAGCCGAGCGCGACAUUGAGGUUCCGGACCAGUACGGAACCAUCAGAGCUGUGUCCGAGGGGAAGGGAGACGAGUUUUUGGUGGGCACGUCCCGUAAUUUUAUACUUCGAGGGACCUUCAACGACGGCUUCACAGUGGAGGUCCAGGGUCACACGGAUGAGCUGUGGGGGUUGGCGUCCCACCCGUCCCGAGACCUGUUCCUGACAUGCGCUCAGGACCGCCUGGUCUGUCUGUGGAACGCCGCCAGUCACAGUCUGCAGUGGAGCAAAAGCGUGGAGGAACACGGCCACUGUGCGGACUUCCAUCCCAGCGGAGCGGUCGUCGCCAUAGGAACGCAUUCGGGAAAGUGGUACGUUCUGGACGCCGAGACCACCGACCUGGUGGCCAUCCACACCGACGGCAACGAGCAGCUGUCGGUCAUGCGCUUCUCUGUGGAUGGCGUCCUGCUGGCCGUGGGGUCACAUGACAACUUCAUUUACCUGUACAGCGUGACCGACAGAGGACGCAAGUACAGCCGCUACGGGAAAUGUUCGGGUCACUCCAGUUACAUCACACACUUGGACUGGUCACCUGACAACAACUUCAUCAUGUCCAACUCUGGCGACUACGAGAUUCUUUACUGGGACGUUCCAAACGGCUGCAAACUGAUCAGGAAUAAAUCCGAGUGUAAAGACAUCGACUGGGCGACUUACACCUGUGUGCUGGGAUACCAUGUGUUUGGUGUGUGGCCGGAGGGAUCAGACGGGACCGACAUCAAAGCUCUCAUCAGGUCGCACAACCGGAAGGUGAUGGCGCUGGCAGAUGAUUUCUGUAAGGUUCACCUGUUUGCGUACCCGUGCUCCACCUUCAAGGCUCCCAGCCACAAGUACAGCGCGCACAGCAGUCACGUGACCAACGUCAGCUUCAUGCACGACGACAGUCACCUGAUCUCAACGGGCGGGAAGGACACCAGCAUCAUGCAGUGGCGACUGGUGGAGAAGUCGGCCAUCUCGCUGACCGACAGCCACCCCGUCCCCGCCCCCUCUAGGGCGGACCCCGUCCCCGCCCCCUCUAGGGCGAACCCCGUCCCCGCCCCCUCCAGGGCAGACCCCUUCCCCGCCCCCUCCAGGGCGGACCCCGUCCCUGGUCCUACCGAGGACGCCGCCCUUCCCCCGACGGCCAACGGGGCACCAGAGUCGUCGACGGAAACGCCCCCGCCGCCCACCGAGUUGUCGAUGGAAACACCCAUGCCGCCCGCCGACCUAGCGCUGCCCGCCUUGGAAUUAACUCCGCCCCCCUCCGAGGCGACUCCGCCCCCGUCCGACAGUACGGUGAGUUUGAAGGACAGCCUGGACCCCAGCGACGACACGGCCACGCCCAGCGACGAGGGCCUUCCCCCUCUCACGCCCCCCACAUAGGAGUGUGCGUGCGGGGACACAUUUCAAGAAGUCUCAGUGGGACACAACCUGCAUUGACGUAUUCCUCUCCAAUUUCAAAACGAUUGUUUUCAUCGCUGAGAUGUUUUACGUGUCAUUUUAAAUCCUCCUCCAUGAUUCUUUUUGUGAGAAAUCUUUUUUCAAACGUCAGUUUGUCGCAGGCCAGCCUGUUUUGUAAGACGUUUUUAAUGAUGCUUUUGUAACGGACAACGCUUCAAAGUAAUCCCUCACUGCAGACUGCAGGCGAACACAUCAUAGGCCUCGUUCACACUGCAGGUCAAUUCCCUUGUUUUCCCCAAUAUGCGACCUGAAUUGGAUUGUAUCAAGUCAGUGCAAUUUCGUAUUUUUAUAUAUCUCUUUUAUAUGUGGAAUUAAAUUUGCAUUCUUCCGACCAGAACGUCAUCAAAAUAAUCAUAAUUAUUCGUCAAUAUAGGCUGUUAAAAAAUAAGUAGAUAACAGGGUAAAAAAAAAGUUUUGGGAACUCACGGUUGAGUUCCACCACUCCUGUCUCCGACUGCUCCGUAGCAAAAUAUCCCGUAAAACUGCAAGGAGCCAAAAUACUUGUCCUCUUCUUUCUUCAUAUUCUACGUACAAUAAUUUGGAUUAGAAAACGUUGAGCGUAAUUGCACUAAAUUCUUGAAAUUGCCACAAAUGCGUCAGACCGUGGAAAGUAUGUUUACUUCCGUAAACAAUGCAAUGCGUGCGGCGUUAUGACGUCAUAUCCGCAGGCGGGAGUUAGCGUUCACAUUCUCCAUCGCAUUUUUUUGUAACAUGAGCGGCCAAUGAAAAGAUUGGAUUUGACCCCAAAAAAAAUCCGACCCUGCAGUGUAAACGUAGCCAUGAACUUCCAAAACUGUGACUAGCAAUGUUAAGGAGAAACUGGAGUGAAGUGUGUUUCCGUUAGCGCCAGGAGGCAUCGUUUUUUAAGAUUUAAAAACAGGCGGCCAAUCAGGAGAGAGUAUUCCCGGUGGACUCAUCUGAUUGGUUGGAAUUACCUCUGGACCGUAUGUCUUCACAAAUGUCCAUUCUGCCUUCCAAAAAAGUCGUCUGCUUGGUUUUUUUUACGCUGGUGUGUGAAGUGCCACACCUUCAUCGAGGGGCGGGGCUAGGACUGCUCUUUUUAGGGGAACUUUCUGGAUUCAAAUGUUAUGUGACGUUAAUCAUGUUCAAGUGAGCCAUUCUUGUCUUCUGUCAUGCAUUCCUGUAAAGUACGUGGACCGUGGAUGCAAAUAAAAACGGAUGACAAAU